CCCGCGCCGUUUGUCCGCCCGCGGCCGCCGUAGCGCGGGAUUCAAACGGCGGCGGCGGCAGGGGUUUGCAGCGAUGGAAGCCUUCAAGUCUCAGAACAACCUGGUGCGCAGGGAGAAACCUGACAGGGGACCAGUUUCUGUCACUAUCCCGGCCUCUCCCUUCAUGCAGAAGCUCGGGUACGGCACUGGGGUCAACGUCUACUUGAUGAAAAGAUCUCCCAGAGGUUUGUCUCGCUCCCCGUGGGCUGUGAAAAAAGUCAAUUCCCAAUGCAACAAGAGCCAGCAAAGCAUCUAUCAGCAGAGACUGACCGAAGAAGCCAAGAUCUUGAAAAACCUCCAACAUCCCAACAUCGUGGGUUACCGUGCGUUUACCGAGGCCAACGACGGAAGCAUGUGUCUGGCCAUGGAGUACGGCGGAGAAAAAUCCCUCUGCUACUUACUCGAAGAAAGACGGGAAAAAAAGUUGGGCCCUUUCCCUGCUGCCACCAUUUUCAAAGUUGCCCUGAGCAUGGCGCGGGGGCUGAAGUAUCUUCACAACGAUAAGAAGCUGCUCCACGGAGAUAUCAAGUCUUCCAACGUGGUCGUUAAAGGCGACUUUGAAACCGUCAAGAUCUGUGAUGUGGGAAUGUCCCUGCCCCUGGAUGAGAACAUGACCGUGAGCGACCCGGAGCUGUGCUACGUGGGCACCGAGCCCUGGAAGCCCAAGGAGGCUCUGCAGGAUGACGGCGUGAUCACCGACAAGGCUGACAUCUUCGCUUUCGGGCUGACUCUCUGGGAAAUGAUGACCCUCUCCGUGCCCCACCUCAACCUGGACGAUGACCUCGACGACGAAGACGAGUCUUUCAAUGAAGACUGCUUUGACGAAGAAGCUUAUUACGCAGCCCUGGGAACCCGCCCGGCUCUCAACAUGGAGGAACUGGACUCAUCCUACCAACACAUGAUCGACCUCUUCUCCAUCUGCACCAGCGAGGACCCCAAAAAGCGUCCCUCGGCCGCGUGCAUCGUGGAAGCCUUGGAGGCAAGUUUGGCCCAGGAAUAAAAGCAUCCGAGCUCCUGCGCUCGCCCCGCGGAGCUCGGGGACAGCAAAGCUGUCCCCGAGCUCCGCGGGGCGAGUGCAGGAGCUCAGGGAUUUAACUUUGAAGCUUUUAUCCUUAUCCUGUGUAGUUAAAACUACAGCCUGAACUCAUUAUGCACUAACCCUGGCUGAAGGGGAUUGCUCUAAGUUGCUUCUCGAGCAAUCCCCUCCCACCUCCACCUAGGGCCUAAAAUAAGCUACACGCUCUGCGCAAGAGUUGUGCUUUUAGUUGUCACGUUACAGCUGCUUUCAAAGCCUUCCCUCUCUCUCUUUCUCUCUCUGGGUUGAAUUAACAAGUUUG